AUGGACCGUGUCCCUAGGUGCCACGUCCACACAUUUCUUGGACACUUCCAGGGAUUGGGACAAGCUGGAGCUCUCCGAGGCAUUGAGGAGGUCCAUGUCAACACCAACCUGUUGAGGCCAAUACAGCUCCAGGUGGACCCCGAGUUCCAGCAAGUGCGCUCAGAUGAGAAGGAGCAGAUCAAAUCUCUCAACAACAAAUUUGCAUCAUUCAUCGAGAAGGUUCAAUGUCUGGAGCGACAGAAUCAGGCACUCUUGGCCAAGUGGGAACUUCUGCAGCAGCAAAGCUCUGGCCCCGAGGAAAGCAGGAACAUCAACAACUUCUUCAAGUCCUACAUCACCAACCUUCAGCGGCAGCUUGAGACACUCCAGAGCCAGAAGGAGCAGCUGGAUCCUGAAGCCUACAACAUGCUCCAGCUUGUUGAGGAUUAUAAAAACAGAUUUGAGGAUGAGAUCAACAAACGCACGUCCAUGGAAGAAGAAUUUGUGGAGCUUAAAAAGGAACUGGAUAGUGCCUACAUGGGAAAAAUGGAGUUUGAUGUCCGAGUGGAUAUCCUGAGGCAGGAGCUGGAAUUCCUUCGGUGUUUAUAUGAAGCUGAGCUGUCUCAGCUGCAAACGGUUGUUGGGAACACUGAUAUUAUUCUGUCCAUGGACAACCACAGGGACCUGAACAUGGAAGGAAUCAUUGAGGAGGUCAGGCAGGAAUAUGAGGGGAUGGCCCACAGGAGCACAGCUGAAGUGGAUGCCAUGUACCAGCGCAGGUACCAGGACCUGCAGAACAUGUGGGUGAAUCAACGAGAGCAGCUGAGGAACAGUCACCAGGAAAUCCAGGAACUUGCCAGGCAGAUCCAAAGACUCCAACCAGAAAUUGAAAUUGCAAGGAAAAGGAAUUUCAGCCUCCAGGACUCCAUUAAAGAUGCUGAGCACUGUGGGAGCUUGGCCAUCAGGGACAGCCAGGAAAAGCUCCAGAAGCUGGAAAAUGCUCUCCAACAGGCCAAGGAUGACCUUUCUCAACUUGUCCAUGAUUACCAGGAGCUCCUGAAUGUGAAGCUGGGCUUGGACAUUGAGAUUGCCAUGUAUCGAUCACUCCUUGACGAGGAGGAGAACAGGUAG